AUGCCCUCCAUCAUCCCCACCAUAGAUCUCGCCCACGACUCUCCCGCCCGCCAAGCAGAGCUCAUCAAGCUCGCCCUCGGCAACGUCGGCUUUUUCAGAGUCGUCAAUGCCGGGCCCUCGCGCCAGGAUGUCGAAAAGAUGUUUGAAUAUUCAGAGUCCUUCUUCAGCCUCCCCAUGGCCACCAAAGAGACAUAUCUCGCCGGACGUUCAGGUUCCGGCUACACCAAGCUCAUGUCCCAAGCUCUGGGCGAGGGGAAACGUGAUCAUAAAGAAACAUUCUCAUACGGCAAAUACUGCGCCAACACUACACAACAAAUGCCGCCGCCUUUCCAAGACUCUACGCCUGGAGGCCAGGAAGCGCACCAGACAAUCAAACGGUUUUACAAAGAUUGCCACCAAGUCAGCGAGCUCUUGCUGGAGCUCUUUGCGCUCGCUCUCGACCUCGAGAGAACGCAUUUCAAGCAGUCCCACUCGUUUGGACUCAACACCGCCAUGUCGCUGAUUCACUAUCCCGCGUUGAAUGAAGCAGAGGCCAAGGCGCUGAGCACGAUAGAUAUCCGGGCAGGAGGUGAGUCUUUUCUAAACGCCACUCGGCACGAUACCGACCCGACUCGAGAACACAAGGACUGGGGAAGUAUGACACUCUUGUUCCAACAACCCCGCGGCCAACCAGGUCUCCAAGUCCACCUCCCGUCUUCCCUCAUCCGCCCGGACGACCCUCAAGCUUCUCCGGAAUCAUACGAAUGGUACCCCGCGCCCAUCCCCGAAGCACACCAAGACGAGCACGCCGGCUUCCUGGUCAAUGUCGGGCUCGGGAUGGAGCUCUGGAGCAACGGGGCGUACAAGGCUACCAUGCACCGCGUCAUAUUCCCCGGAGAAGAGGCGGGGUCUGAAAGCGUGCAAGAUAGGCAUACGAUCGGGUUUUUCGUUCAGCCAGACGAUCAUGUGGCUUUCCAACCUAUUUUACCAGGCGGCAAGGUUGACACGUCCACCAAAGCCAUCACCUCGGGUGAGCUCUUUGACAUGAAAUUGCAGGAGAGUAUGGAAAGGUUUCAGAAACAUUUUGCAUUUUCUGGUGGUGAUGAAAAGGUCAAGAAGGAUGUCCAGGUUGAGAACGCCGUGGUUGUCUGA